UUCUUAUCAAUGUUUCUUUAUUGAGCCUAAAACGUUAGAAGUGUUGUCCACAAAAGCUCUGUGUUUUGGGAAAUUUGAGGUUAUAUUUAUGUAUAUAUAAGUAUACAAAAUAUACCUUUAGAAUCUCAAAUUCCUCUAAAAACAGCGUUUGUACGGACAACAACUGAAACUUUUUUAACUCAAUAAACGGUAAUACCUUAUAAGAGUGCAGAAGUAUAGUUCACCAAAUUUAUAUUCUAAAAUUGUGAACUGUAUAUUCCGUUUUUGAUAUCUGAUAACAUUUAUUUUAACUGAAUUUUAUUUUAUUGAGAAUGGUAUUUUUAACGCUUGAUCAUAAAGAAACGAAAGUUAUUAGGUUUCAAGUAAUGAUAUUUUCGGAAGUGACCAUAUUUCUAUACAUAAAACGAAUAAAAUAACAAUUAUUAUUUUGUUUGAUCGGUUAAGACCAUACUACUAUUGUCAAAUAAUAUAGUAUUUUCUGCAUUUUUCUUGAAGUAUAAAAUUAAAGGAAAUAAUGGCUUAUGAAACUAAAUUACCUGAUAACAUAGAAAAUACCUUGAAAAAAGCUGCUGAUGAAAUAUUGAGGGGAAAUAAGGAAUCUAUUUUCACUGUUGAAUCAAACGAUGAGCCUGAAGAGAGUUAUUUUACUCAAUAUGAUAAAAAAGAAAUAAGUGAAUUUCUCAACUUUAAUGUUUUGGGAGAAGAAGGUGAUGAUAUGGAACCUUUUGAACAAUUAGCUGCAAAUAUGAUUGACUUAACUGGUGACCGUAAAGUUUUGAAAGAAAUAACUGAAAAUGGUGUUGGUCAGAUUGUACCAGAAGAUAGUAUUGUAUUAAUUCAUUACAUUGCACAUUUUGAAAAUAUAAUAGAACCUUUUGAUGUUACAUACUUACAUGGGAAUCGCCCACAACGAUUUUCCUUGGGUGAAGGAGAACUUCUUCCAGGAUUAGAAAUUGCAAUAAAAUCAAUGCGAAAAGGUGAACAUGCUAGAUUUCUUAUUCAUCCAGAUUUGGCUUAUAGAGAGUUGGGUUGUCCACCUCGUAUACCAGGCAAUGCUACUAUUCACUUUGAAGUUGAUCUUGUAAAUUAUUAUUCUAAAGAAUCCAGUUUUUCAUUUGAUGAAGAUUUUCGAGAUCCAAAUAGAUAUCAAAAAAUACUAAAUAAAGUACUAAAAUUUCACAAAGAAGGUAAUGAAUUAUUCAAAUCUAAAAACAUUGACAAAGCUGUAGUAAAAUAUAAUAGAGGUAAAGAACUAUUACAUAUUAUAACUACAAAUUCAGAUUCUGAAGAAACUGAAGUUAUGAAAUUUUUAUGUAAAUUAUAUACAAACUUAUGUAUUUGCUACUUAAAAUUAUGUGCAUUUAGUAAAGUAUGCAUUAUGGCUAAAGAAGCUAGACAAUAUGCUGAUAGAUUUGCCAAACACAACGCUAAAUUAUUUUAUAAUUGGGGAAAAGCAUUGAGAUUUCUUAAGAAUUUUACAGAAGCAAAAAAUAUGCUACAGCGUGCUCAGAAAAUUUGUCCAAAUGAUAUUAAAAUUCAUGAAGAACUAGAAAAGUUAGAAAAUGAUAGAGAAUUCAGUAAAAAUAUUGUAUCGUUUUCAUCUGAUGAAAAAUUUAAAAAAACUGGGGAUGACCUAGAAAAUCGAAUGCCUCUUGAAUUUUGGGAUGUUUUUAACAAACAUUUUGAAGAAUUUGAAAAUGGUGUUGAUGAUAUAUUUACAGUUUCAUACCUCACUCAUCCAUAUGAUAUAGAACUUGUAAAACGUAAAGCAGAAUUACUUGAUUAUCAGUUUAAUAUUGUUGAUAAUGAAUAUGAUAACAGUGAUUACAUUAUUAUACAAAAAUAGUUAUUAUUUCUUUCUGUGUUUCUAAUUGAUCAUUUAAUAAUUUACAAUAACAUUCUUUUAUUUCUAUAAAUAACUAAUUAUAUUUCAUUGAUUUUUA